AUGCCCUACGCAAAGCCGCCUCUGUCUCCGGAAUCCCAUCCUCUUGAUCUCCCCCCUCUCAAGCUUCGCCCCAAACACCACCACAGGCGAACUCGUUCGGCAAACCCGACGUUUGCGGAAGAACGAUCUUCAACUGCCUUUACCUCCCUCACGAACCUUCCUCGUCACAAGGCGCAUAGCAGCGAACGCAAGACACUUUUCCACAUCGACGACCAUGAUUCGGACUCUUCUGACACCACCCCACCUCCCGAGCCGCAGUCUUUGAAUGCGCUCCGUUUGUCCGUCGACACGAAAAAUGUCCCCCCGAAUACCCUCCUGGCUCCUUCUAUCAAGAAGGAUGAGGAAACGUCUACACUACCGUUCCCAUUGAGGGGCUCUCCACUGCCGUCUCCUCAACCACCCUCGCCAACAAGCUCUCCUCUCCCGCGGACGCCCUCGACGCCCAUCAUAUUGUCCAAUGGGAAACCACUUAAGCCAUCGCUCAAGUCUUCACACUCAUCGCCCCACGUCCCUGGAUUGCGAAUGCAUCUGCGGGCGCAGUCAGAACCUUCCACACCGUCGAACGGACCGGUGACACCUAAGAACGUUCACUUUGCUGGCGAUGACACAUUGCGGAGCGUCCGGGUGUUCAAUAGCUCUGGGAAACCGGUUAAUGUGUCACGUACAAACGCAGAAGAGACUGAAACUGAAACAGAAUACGAUUCUUCGAACGCCGCUGCUAUUGAUCGGUCAGGGUAUCCUUUCCCAAGAACAGCGAGCCCGCCUCAGGACAUGGGCUUCGAACUUGAUUCGAACACGACUUCGGCUAUUCCUACGGCAAACCCUCGUAUGUACGCGAACGUACACAUGGAAACUCUAGUGCUACCCCGAAGCUCACCACCUGUGCUGCGCGGUUCUGUCGUCGUUCGAAAUAUAGCGUUCGCUAAGGAAGUAGCAGUCCGUUUUACCCUUGAUGAUUGGCAGACAACGUCCGAAGUCUUGUGCAAGCAUGUAAUCUCUCUCCCGUCGCUUCCUCCGCCGUUCCCGCAUCCGCAUACAGAAGGGGACAGAGCAGUGCCAGUGACCCCAUGGGACCGGUUCAGCUUCAUAAUUAAUUUGGAGGAUUUUGAGAGGAAGCUUCACGAGAAGACGAUGUGGUUCGUCGUGCGAUAUACGUGUCCCGGAGUCGGUGAAUGGUGGGAUAACAACAAUGGGAAAAACUAUCGAGUUGGAUUCCGGAACCCAAUUGGCGCAGCAACGAAAAUGACUGAUGCGACACGUUCGAGUCCUAUCAUGGGGAACAGCCAACAACGCACGUUUAGUGCACCGCCGACAUUGAAGGGCACACCAACGACGGGGGCCAUUCAAGCAGUCGCGCAUGCGACGAAGUCCCAGGCUCCUCCACCGAAGAUUACGCUUCCGUCUCCUCAGAAUCGAGCGCAUCAUGCAAGUAUGCCCGCACGUCCCUCCCCACCCAUCAGGCACAACUCAUCUCCUCAGCCUAUGACGUUGUCGUCCAUGGGUAACAAUCGAUCUGUGGCGAAGUCUCUCUAUGCAUCUGUGCCAAUGAAACUGAACCUUAUGAAUUAUGCUGCACCGUCUGUGCCUUCAGUAUCAACACCAGUUGCACCUCGCCAGAGCAGUCCCACGAGGGAGUUCGUGGGGUUGUCUGACGCUGCUCCAAUGUCUGGCAAUACAACCCCACCUACGUCGACCUCUCAAAGCAUGGAGAUUUUUGGCGGUAUGCCCGCAACCGCGCCGAGGUACGAUUUCCCAUGGCCUGUGUCGAACAAUUCAUCGUCGCAGUCCUUAUCGGACGGUACGCCACCUCCGCUAUAUUCGGCGUUGCCGGCGCCUUCGGAGCACGAGAAGCAGCGAGCGAAAGAUAUUGUGUCCUCUCCGACAUCGUCAUUGGCCAACGAUUUGACUUACGCCGCAUUCUUGAAACAGUGGUGCUUCGUGCAAUCUCCGACGCCAUCGCCCAGCCUGACUCCUCCAACAAGUGUUGGUAGUAGCGCAGGUGGUUCCGCACAUUCGUCAGCUGUAGGCGCGCUUGGUCUGGGUGAUGCCCUCAGUGGACUCUAUGGCGGUGCCGGAAUGCGGAGCGAUAGCCCGAUGUUGGCAGGUCUGUAG